AGGGCGUCACGCGAAGGCUGAAGGGAGCGUGGCCACCGGACUCUUGGUAGUUGCGGUGCGGCGGGAGGCCCGGGCAUCGCAGACAUGCCUCGGUAUGCGCAGUUGGUCAUGGGCCCCGCAGGCAGCGGGAAGAGCACCUACUGUGCCACCAUGGUCCAGCACUGUGAAGCCCUCAAUCGGUCUGUUCAAGUUGUGAACCUUGAUCCUGCAGCAGAGCACUUCAACUACUCUGUUAUGGCUGACAUCCGGGAACUGAUCGAAGUGGAUGAUGUGAUGGAGGACGAUUCCCUGCGGUUUGGUCCCAAUGGGGGAUUGGUAUUUUGCAUGGAGUACUUUGCCAAUAAUUUUGACUGGCUAGAGAGCUGUCUUGGCCAUGUAGAGGACGACUACAUCCUUUUUGACUGUCCAGGUCAGAUUGAGUUGUAUACGCACCUGCCUGUGAUGAAACAACUGGUCCAGCAGCUAGAACAGUGGGAGUUCCGAGUCUGUGGAGUUUUUCUGGUUGAUUCCCAGUUUAUGGUGGAGUCGUUCAAGUUUAUUUCUGGCAUCUUGGCAGCCCUGAGCGCUAUGAUCUCUUUAGAAAUUCCACAAAUUAACAUCAUGACGAAAAUGGACCUGCUGAGUAAGAAAGCUAAAAAGGAAAUUGAGAAGUUUCUAGAUCCAGACAUGUAUUCUUUAUUAGAUGAUUCUACAAGUGACUUCAGAAGCAAAAAAUUCAAAAAAUUGACUAAAGCUAUAUGCGGACUGGUUGACGACUAUAGCAUGGUUCGAUUUUUGCCUUACGAUCAGUCAGAUGAAGAAAGCAUGAACAUUGUGUUACAGCAUAUUGAUUUUGCCAUUCAGUAUGGAGAAGACUUGGAAUUUAAAGAACCAAAGGAACAUGAAGAUGAGUCGUCUUCUAUGUUUGAUGACUAUUUUCAGGAACACCAGAAUGAAUAAAAAGUUUAUUAAAAAGUAACUAUGUAUGUGAAGAAUUUGUGGCCGAACCAGCAAAACAUUUUCUCAAAGGAUGUAAUACUAGAAAGCUGUUUAUUUUGAUGAAAAAAAUAAUACUUGGAUCUUUAUCAGCAGCACACCUGAAUCAAGUUCUUAGUUCUGAAACUUGCUGUUUAAAGUGGAGUCUUUUUUUUUUUAAAUGGAGUCUUUUAUUGUUAUAUUUUUAGAGAGCAUCGAUUUAGAUUUUAAAAGUUGAAAUGAAUGCAUAUAGAUUUGUAUAUAAUGUAAAUUAGUAUCUGUGGUACAGUUAAGACCAGUCUACCUUUAUUUUUUCUAUUUGGUUUUUGUUAUAUUCGAAGGGUUUUUUUUCGAGGGGCAGGAAUUAUUGUAACAAAAUAUACAUAUGUGUGUCCAUAGAUGAAAAUCUGUAAGGAUAUAAAUAAGACCAUUAUUUAUUGUCUUUCAGUUUUCCUACAUUGAAAAUGUAUUGUUUGUAUAAUUAAAAAUGAAAAGUGACUGUGCUUUAAAAUAUGUAUAUAUAAAUAAAAUA